CUUAUCCGGAGCUGGUCGGCGGCGUGUUAGCUAUGACUCCUACUCACUACGUCCUUAUCAACGGAUAUUCCAAUUCCUACUGGGACUGGGGAGGGGAGGACGAUGAUCUCUACAUAAGAUUUACCAUGAAUAAUUUGCAAAUUUAUCGCGCUAGAAAUACCACGGGUGUAUACGCUCAUACGAAACAUACAAGGAAUAAAAUCAAUAUAUACAGAUACAUAGACCUGGACAAAACGAAGCGACGCUACAAGACGGACGGCCUGAACAGCGUCGCGUACAAGCUUGUCAAUAUUACCAAGAAAAAGCUCUUCACACACAUACUGGCUGACAUCAACCCUUACAAUUUUCCUCUUUAAACCAAACGAUGCUCAAAUUUUCUACAAGUCUUCAGGAUUUAGAUGGAAUAAACGUGCCAGAUAAAUCCCGUCUUGCGUUUAAUCAAGUAAAUUCCCUGUACGACAAUAACGAGAAUCGGAGUAAUCCGGAAUACCGAGACAAGAAACAAUUUAGUAAAAUUUGUUUUUGAACUUGUUUCUACCAGGAACCAAACCUUAGACCUCCCCAUGAUUGCUUCAUUGCUGAACAACCUGUGUGUUGUCACAUUCGGCAUAUAAUUUUAAGACUUCGUCAGGAAAUCGCGGUAUUCAAUUUGAUACCGUAAUUUUGCCUGGUAGAGAUUACUUAAUAAAUCAAUAUGAGCUUCAGAUACACGUACAAAUUUUUACGUAUUUUCUUUAUUCCGUUUGUUUUAUAUUUGCGUUUUACACCGGCGACGUGGACAUUGCUUCUCGCGGCGUCAUCUCAUCUCUUCGAUUAUGGCGUCUUUAAAACUUAAUUUUAGUGUCCAACAUUGAGAAAAGUGUGAAUUAUAUUGUUUCUUUUUGUGUCCAGUACUGACUGUGCUUGUUGGACACAAAAAGUGUUGUAAUUAAACACUAUACAAACAUGCAAAAGUCUCAAUUUACAAGUGACAUUCCUUCCCUAAAAAUAACAGAUGUUAAAUGCCAUUUAAAUGCACAUGACGUGUUCCUAUUAUAACUUACCAAAAUCUUUUGUUGUUUUCGUGCAGUGCCGUACUUCCGCUCGUAGUAAGUCGCUCCUAGACUCGAUCUUCUCGUCUCCAUCGUCAUUGCACUCACUUCACCAAGUUUCACUAACAGCAGGUUUACACUAACACCCCUUAGCGUUUAGGAAUGAGUCUGUUUUAGUACUAAAAACGAGGUAAGUGCUUUUUAAAAUGAUAUUGAGGACGAUCAGUGCAUUAUAAUGGCGUAGUGCAAUAUUCACCACUGCAGUGCUAUCCUAAAGCCUCUUCCACACUA